GUACGUAACGUCCGGUUUUUUUUACUACUUCCUGCAUAUGCCACAAUAUGGCGGCGCCCAUAACGAUUCACCUGGAGUUUGGAGGAGGAGCAGAACUACUGUUUAGUGGAGUGAAGAAACAUCACAUGACUCUUCCAAGUCAAUCACAGCCUUGGGACAUGAAGCAGCUGCUGGUCUGGAUCCAACAGAACCUGCUGAAGGAAAGGCCUGAGCUCUUUGUCCAGGGAGACUCUGUGAGACCUGGGAUUCUCGUGCUUAUCAACGAUGCAGACUGGGAGCUAUUGGGGGAGCUGGAUUACCAACUACAAGACAAAGACAACAUUGUGUUUAUUUCCACCCUUCAUGGAGGAUAGAGAAGGAAUGUGGCAUUCAAACAUAUAUCCUUGACAUCUUUGUGACACCUUUUCGCUACAUCUUCUGCACCCUUCACUUUUCUCCCCCACAUCCCAACAACGCGUAACCCCAUUGGACACCGGGAAUGUGUCGGCCUCACUGCGAGGACUGAAGUGACUGAUGCUUGUCUGUAGGAGUGGGUGGAAAUUCAAACAGGAAGUGCAGGCACUUUUGUAAAUAUCAACAUAGUUGGGUUUGUUUUUUUGGCAAACUGAACACUGAAGAGCACUCACAUGAAGCUCUUGUUAGACUUGUCAGCUCGCUGGUAUGAGUAUAAAUGCAUAGUUUGU